AUGGGAUAUAGAAUCCACGAGUAUUCGCUUGAAUCAGAUGCAUUUUUACGACCAAUACUCGCCGGAUUACGAUCAAACCGAACUCCGAUGAUUUUCACUUAUGAAAUACCCAAUAUUAAACGAGCACGUAAAAUACAAUGGGGAUGCGGUAUUCGUCCGGAGAUGGUACGCGAUGCUGAUAAUCCUAGAUAUUGGGUUAAUAGUUCUUAUUGUUCGAUUUAUCUCCAUUUGAAAAACCCUAAGCAGCCACAAGUAUUAGAUGAUGCAGAAUAUGAUGACAUCGAUUGUAAUGUGUCUCGUUUUCUGUUGAGAUUGUUUUCAUCGGGUCGGGUCGGGUCGGGUCGGGUCGGGCCGGGUUCGGGUUCAGAUGUUGUCGGGCCGGGUCGGGUACGAGUCGGCAUUUUGGCAGUUGGGUCGGGUUCGGGUUAG